AUGAAGUCCUCUGCUCUCGUAGGUCUUUUGGCCUUUGCUGCUGCAGCCUCUGCGGUUCCCACCAAGCGGAAGCAGCCCGGCUCAACUGCUUCGAUUCAAAACUUCAAAGACAAAAUCAAGAAUGUGGUGGUGCUGGUGAUGGAGAACCGUUCAUUUGACAACCUCCUCGGCGGCCAGACAACCAAGGGCCUGGAGAAUCCGAUCAACAGUGGACCGUACUGCAAUCCAUACAACGUGAGCGACUCGUCCGAAGGCAGCGUCUGCAGCGCAGCCAAGGACUACGACUCUAUCGCCGACGACCCGGACCAUGCAGUUUAUGGAAACAACUUCGAGUUCUACGGAACCUUUUUGCCGGACGAGUCGCUCAUCCAGAGCAGCAAACUGACCCCAAGUCAGAGUGGCUUUGUCCAUGAGCAACUCCGGCUGUAUAGUUCUGAUGCUAACCGCACCGAGCUGGCCACGCAAGUGAUGAACUACUACACCGAGGAUCAGGUCCCGGUAAUCACCACUCUGGUGCAGAACUUCCUGACCUUCAAUCACUGGCACUCGGAUGUGCCUGGGCCCACUAAUCCGAACCGCGCUGCUCUCGUCUCCGGCACCACGUAUGGCCACGGCACCAACGAUGCCACUUUCGGUGAACAUGGCUUCCCACAGAUUUCCAUCUGGGAGGCCCUGAAUAAGACCGGUACUACGUGGCUCAACUACUGGGACACUGACGGCGGAACCGGCCCUGAUGCCGGAUACUUCAACUGGACCUACAACACCGGCAACCAGGACAAGAUCGUCGACUUGGAAAACUUCUACACCGACGCUGCUGCCGGCACGCUGCCCGAGUUUUCCUACAUCAACCCCUCUUGCUGCGGCGUUGGGACCAACUCCAUGCACCCUACCGGCCUCGUCUCGGAUGGCGAGGCCCUGAUCCGUCGUGUAUACGACGCUGCCCGCGCCGGCCCUCAGUGGAAAAACACACUGUUCGUGAUCACAUUUGACGAGACCGGUGGCUUCCACGACCAUGUCCCCCCGCCGCUCGCCCCUCGUCCUGAUAACUUGACAUACACCGCUGCCACCCCGACCGGCGAGAACUACACUUUUACCUUUAACCGUCUGGGUGGCCGGAUUCCGACUUUGCUCAUAUCCGACUGGGUUGGUGAAGGCUCUGUCGAGCAAAAGGGCACCAACACAGAUGGCGACACGGUCUCUUACUCAGCCAGCUCUCUUCUUCGCACUCUGGGUUAUCUGUGGGACUUUGAGCCGUUUACCCCGCGUGUUGAGAAGGCUGCUUCUUUUGACCAUUUGAUCCAGACAACGCCGCGCAAUGGUACCCCCACUGCCUUGCCGAGUGCGACCCCUUUUUGA